CUUUUCGUUUCCAGCGAUGUCAGGUUACUGUUACGGUUGUGGAAAUCAACAGCCACCUCCUCAGCUACCUUACUCCUCCGACGGAAACAAUCCACCGUACGGUCAUCAACUUCCUCUCCUUACGCUGUGCCCUAUGACGCACCAAAGCCGCCAUCUCAUCCACGCCACCGUCUGCUCCAUCCUACGGCGCACUGGCUCCUUCUACUCUUAAGAAAACAAAUCGUCGGUUUGCAUGUUAAAAUCAGCAAAGACGGCAAGGCUGAAAGGUCGAAGAAAGAGAACAAUGAAACCCUUAAUCAACUAAAACAUAAAACACAGAGUUUGGUUAAGUGGAGCUAAGUAAUCGCCAUUGAAGUUUUAGUCCUAGGAUUUCCGCACAAAAGAGAGGGUAUCAGAUGGGUCUCAGAUGGACCACAAACAUUUUUUUGAAAAAGCUAACACAUUUGGCCCAUGUCGAGAAAGAGGAUGUGACGUGUCAAAAACGAAUCUCCUGAUUGGUCGAUUUUAUUGUCUGACGUGGAUAGCUUCUCUACUCCUCAUAUAUCCCUUUUAUUAUAGUAUAGAUCUGCUAUUAUUUUCUUGAUUUUCUUUUUGUUCGUUUAUAAUUUCAGCUUGUCAUAUAUCGUAGAGGAAUGGGUAGUGUAGUGUUUUGCAUUUUCAAUCCUUUUCUAAAGAAAAGAAAGAACACAAAAGGAAAGUGUUUUUUUGGCUAUAAAAAGGAAAUUUGUAGUUAUCGAAUUCUUUGUUAAGUUCUUGAUGAUGUCACUCUAGACUGGAUUCUAGAUUAUGACCGUCACGUCUCUAUCGAAGGAAACACGUACUGGUUUGCUAAAAACAAGGCUUCAAGAGAAGAAGGUUGUUGUUUACUCUGUUUUGAUUUCACAAGAGAAAUAUUUGGGGCCCCCUUUGCCUCUGCCGCCGUUUGUAUGGGAUACUAAAAGUACUCUCGCUCUAUCUAGUGUUAGAGAAGAGCAGCUUGCGAUUUUGUUUCAGCGGUUGGGUACUAUGUUUAUUAUCAUAAUUUAUAUAGAAAAAAUGAAAAAUAUAACUAAAAAGCAUAACUGAUUGACUAAAAAUAAAAUUUCAACAUUUUAUAAUUGUACCACAGAAAUUUUAUCAUUGAGUUCAUUCUAAAAACUAUUCAGUUACUCUAUUAUUCUGCUAUUCAUUUAAUAUAUCAAUCACAUUGAAAGUAUAGACAAAAGAUUGCAACGAGCCACCAAGACACUCAGAAAAUCAAGUUGUUUGAGAUAGAUAUUGUUUUUUUUUUAUGUGGAUGGUUCAUUUACUAUUAUUUAUAAUUUUAUAUUAAUAAUUUUUGAAAAUCCUUCUUAUGCCAGCGGUGCUAUUUUGAAUGAGAUAUAAUAAAAUGGACAGUGGAACCACCAGUCAAGACAUCCUUUUUUUUUAGGAACCAGUCAAGACAUCCAUUUAUAAAAAUGGUGAUAUUUGCUUUUAGACUUGAAACCGCAAACUAACAAAAGAAAAUGAAUGAGAAGGAGCUUCCCCCGCACUUGAGGGAAGACAACUUAAGCGAAGAAACCAAGACUCUAAUCUCUUCACUUCCUUGGAACAAAGAUUUUAUAGGGAAUCUCUACAAAUACAAAGGAUGUUGGUACUACCCCAACACUCUCCAAGGAGUCCUGAAUUUCGAGAAAGGCUUCAAGCCUCAAGAAACCGAUAUAAUCCUCGCUUCUUUCCCUAAAUCCGGCACCACUUGGCUCAAAGCUCUCACCAUCGCACUCUUUGAGAGGUUGAAGAACAGUAAUUCUUCUUCUGAUGAUGAUCUUCACCCUCUUCAGUCAGAUAAUCCUCAUGGCAUAGUACCCUUCUUCGAGUUCAAUCUGUAUCUCAAAAGUUCAACACCUGACCUGACCAAGUUCUCAUCUCCGAGGGUGUUCUCGACUCACAUGCCAUUCCACACGCUUCGGUUAACCCUCAAGGACUCUCCAUGCAAGAUCGUGUACGUGUGCCGGAACGUGAAGGACGUUUUUGUAUCGCUAUGGUAUUUCAGGUGCGCUCAUCUUGAAAAAGAAGUUGAUAUGAAAUCUUUGUUUGAGUCAUUAUGCGAAGGUGUUGGCUCUUUUGGACCGUUUUGGGAACAUGUAUUGAGCUAUUGGAGAGGUAGCUUGGAAGAUCCUAAGCAGAUUCUCUUCAUGAGGUACGAGGAAAUGAAGUCAGAGCCAUCUGCUCAGGUUAAGAGACUUGCGGAGUUUUUGGGUUGUCCAUUCACUGAGGAAGAAGAAGAAGACGGUUCUGUGGACAAGAUCGUGGAGCUUUGUUCUCUGCGUAAUCUGAGCGGUAUGGAGGUCAAUAAUUCAGGAAAAACUUUCAACACUGUGCCUUACUUUACUUUUUUCCGCAAAGGAGAAGUCGGUGACUUCAAGAACCAUCUGACUCCUGAGAUGGAAAACAAGAUUGACAUGAUCAUCGAGGAAAAAUACAAAGGCUCCGGUUUGAAAUUUUGAGUGUUGUGUUGUUUGUGCUUUCCUUUAAUGGAUUCUCAUGAUUGAUGGGUGAUUUGUGCUUUCCUUUAAUGCCAUAUGAACUAAUGAUAACAGGAAAUUCAUUACCGACUGAUUUGAAAAUUUUAAUUUGUGGAUGUAUGGGUGGAUUGAGUUUAUAAAAAAUGAGACGAGCGCGGGGUAGACCGAACAAUACCAACCAACCUGUAAAUUAUUUUUUUUUAAAAUAAAAAAUAGUUCAUA